GUAGGAGAUGGAUUUCCCUGUUCUUAUAAAACAGCCAUCAAUUCCUCCAAGACUGUCAUUCGUAUCGGACAGCUGAUCUGGACGAGUGCAACAAUUAUAGACUUCUGCGAGUUCUUGUUCGACAAAGGAAAUUUACAAAUAAUAACGUGAUGUGACGGUGAUCUUGAUCUCGUCUCGUCGUGGUGCAGAGUGUUCCAUUUGUUUCCUCCACCGCCUCCUAACGUCUCCAUCUUUCGUUGUUUACUUAGCGCGAAUUGGGGUUUGUCCUCUGAUCGCAUUCCACCUCGUCCAGAAUUAAGGCUGAAGAAGUAGAAAAAAAAAUAGAGGAGGAUUGAAGAGAAAGGGAAAAGAUCUCUCUGUCUUUCAUCUCGAUUUAUAUAUAUAUUUGUGUGUAUAUAUAUAUAUAUAAAUACAAAAUUUAGAGGUGAUCGAAGGAGGUAAUGCUCCACCAGCAUCGUUACCAAAGAAACGAAGACAAUCGCGAAGUCAACAAACAAAGGCGCAACCUUUUGUUUUUGUUUUUAUUUUAUUUUCGUUUUUGACCAAUCGAGGAGCGACGAUGAGGGCCUGGAAGAACGACGUCCUCAACUUGAAAGAUGAGUGCUUCCAUGAGCUCAUCGAUGAGUGCAGAAUGCUGCCACCCGGAUCAAGAAUCUCUUACAACUUGAGGAACCGUCUUGACAAGUUCCCAUCAAAGUGUCGCGCCGAGAUAGUGAACAGGCUGAAGAUGGGAUGUGCACCGUUGUUCAUAGCCUGCAAGAAGGGGCAGAUCGAUAUCGUUGAGUACCUUGUCAAUAAUUGCAAGGCGGAUGUCGAACAGAAGGGAAUCUAUGAGGUUCCCGAUGACAGAUCAACGCAUGCAGUGACCCCACUGUGGUGUGCAGCCGUGUCCGGGAAGCUGUCCAUCAUCAAGUUCCUUCUAGCCAAGGGGGCUGACAUCAAUGCUGUUUCCGACACGGGUUCCACACCGGUCCGCUCUGCCUGCUUCAUGACCCAUUUGGAAAUCGUCCAGUAUCUGGUGGAGAACGGGGCGGACAUAAACAGACCGAAUUUUAAUGGUGGAACUUGUCUGAUCAAUUCGGUGCAGAGUGUGGAGUUGUGUCAUUUCCUGCUCAAGCAUGGGGCCGACGUCAAUGCCAAAGAUAUCCAGAGCAAGACUGCAUUGCACUACGCCAUACAGGAACACAGAUUGGAGACGAGUAAUUUGUUGAUCGAAUACGGGGCGAACUUCAACGCAAAGUCCAAGUACGGCGAUGACGCCCUACAGACGGCCUGCUUGAAAGGGUCGAUCAACAUCUUCGAUUAUCUCACCAGCAGCAUACCGUACACGAGCGAACGUCUUGCAGACGCGCACGAUCUGCUCGGAUCAACGUUCCUCGAUGAACACAACGAUCUGUACACCGCCCUCAAGCAUUGGCGCAUCGCUCAAGGAAUCCGUGACACCAACGUAGGUACGGUGAAGGGUCCUCUUGUACCGCCCAGAGAAGCGUUCCGGUUCCAGAAGGAGUUCUCGACGAUGUCUGAACUGGACAACAGCGUCGGCGAUCUGGACUCCAUCCGAAUCCAGAGUCUGCUGAUAGCGGAGAGGAUCCUCGGCUGUUAUCACAAGGACACCGUCUUCAGAUUGAUGUUCCGCGGUGCCUCCUACGCGGACACGAUGCGCUACCAGAGAUGCAUAGAUCUUUGGCGGCGGGCGCUGGAGAUACGCGUAGAGAAGGAUUCCAUCCUGUACUCGGACACAUGCUUUACGGCGCAAGCACUUGUCAGAUUUAUGGUGGAUUACAACGAAAAGUGCGUGCUCGAGCAGAAGGCUUUCGGGCAGCGUUUCAAAGACAGCAUCCGCACCUUUCAGACGUUGACGCAAAACAUUGCCGAGGCUCGACAACUCUUGCUGAUUCGGCCGCAGUUCAAACGGCAGAUGGAGAAUUUCGACAAGAUUCUCAAAUGCAUCACACAUCUGAUCUAUCUGAUGUUGCAGACGGCGAACACCACCGAGCAGAUGUCCAUGGUGUGUGAUCAGGUCAGCAAGUUGAUCCGACUGAAUCCUACAAGCGCGAGUACCGAAGACACCCUGCUCCAUCUCUGCGUCUCCAAGCUCAACACCAUCAAAUCCGGAUACUUCAUGGACGAAGCUCCUGUUAUGGUCUUCCCCGACGAAAGUGUCAUCAGUUUUCUUCUCCAGUGCGGCGCCCAAGUUAACGCCCGCAACGACUCCAAAUCGACGCCCCUUCACGUCGCAACCGUACCUUAUAACAACAACAAUUGGUUGGUUGGUUUGCUUUUGAAACAUGGAGCGCAUUUAGAUCUGCCGAACGCGUCUGGUGAUUGCGCCAUCCAAAAGGUGAACGAGACACCGUUCAAUUUAGAUAUUCAUCUAGUCAAUUACGUCUCGCUGAAGUGUCUCUCCGCCACGGUCAUCUGCAAAUUCGGCAUCCCCUAUCGACAUCAAGUGCCUAGAACGCUCGAGUCUUUCGUGCAGAUGCACGAAAAGUAAUUCACUUUUUGAGAUUUCGAAUUCAAGAUUCGAACGGAAGCAACCCAACCAUCCAUGCAACGUAAGUCUGGUUUACAACAAUUGUGAUUCUUAUUAUUUAGUCUUAUUGUGUUUUUUUUUUCUUCUUCUUCUGUCCCUCCGUGUAUUAAUAACAAUUUAUGUA